CUUUUCUGUUUUCUGUAAUACGUUUUAAGCAGUAAUAUUGUCGUUUGGAGGUAAAAAGGUUGCCAUUCAGCGUCACUUGAGACUGAGUAUUAUGUUGUUUGUUCUGUAUUGUGUUUGUGUUUGAUUUCAUGUGUUGUCACUACGUCAUCAUUAAAUAUUUCUUUCUUAAAAUGUAUUAGAUGUAUCUUAGAAUCGUAAGUGAGAAAGGACAUCGUUGAGUUUACUAUUUUAAAUCAUUGCACUCUUCCUGUAAGAGAACUGUAGUAUUUUGACAAAUAUGACCGAUUAUUACGAAGUGUUAGGAAUACGAAAAGAAGCGACAGAAUCUGAUAUCAAAAAGGCCUAUCGAAAACUUGCACUGAAAUGGCAUCCUGACAAAAAUCCAGACAACCAAGAAGAGGCAGAAAAACGCUUCAAGGAUAUCAGUGAAGCAUAUGAAGUGCUUUCUGAUAAAGACAAACGUAGCGUGUAUGAUAGGUACGGCAAAGAAGGUUUAACAGGUGGAGGGGGCGGUGGGGGUGCUGGUGCAGGAAUGCCAAAUUUCCACUUUGAGUUCCACUCUCCUGAAGAUAUCUUCCAGCAAUUCUUCGGUAAUCAAAAUCCAUUUGGAGAUUUUUUUGGUGAAAAUUCAUCGUCUCGUCGGCAAAGAAACCAAGAUCCUUUCGCCGGCUUUGGAAUGGGUACUGGCUUUCAGUCGUUUGGUUUUCCAGAGUUUAAUGAUAUGGGAUUUGGUGGCACAUCCAGUUUUACAUCGUUUAGCAGCAAUAGUGGCGGGGGUGGAGGGUUUCGUGGGAAGUCGGUAACAAAGACGAUAAAAACUGUAAAUGGGGAACGUGUUGAGACAAAAAAAGUUGUUGAGAAUGGCUCAGAAAGGGUGGAAGUUAGGAAAAAUGGGAAACUUACAUCCAUUCAGGUAGAUGGGAAACCUGAUGACUAUCAACUCGCUGUUGAGUUGAGUAAAGAAGAGAAUGGCCCAUCCACUAAUCAUGUUACUAAGCGGGUUCAUAGUCGGUCCAGUGGAUUUUCUCCCUUCAGUAACUUUGGCUCCUAUCACGAUGAUUUUGCUGAUGAAGAUCUACAAAGAGCAACAGAGGAGAGCAUUAGAGAUGAACAGAAACGAAGGCGAAAGAAUAAAAACUUAGGAGGAAUGAAAGCUAGUAAUUCCAGAAAUAAAAAUUUUUAAAUUGUUUUCUUUGUUCCUGUUAAUUGUAUCAUAUUUGUUAAUAGAGAUGUUUAUAUCUAAAUCUAUGUAAAUCUAAUUGUAAGUGCGGCCCAAAAAAUGCUUAAAAAAACUUAGCAAAUAUACAUAUGCUAAAAAGUGAAACUCUAUUUCUUUAAUGAUUUUUUUGAUUUAACUUAUGUAAAAUUUUUGUAUGUCGCUUUCUUAUUUAGUCUCUAUUUUAUUUCUAUGCGCUUUUUGUUUAGUAAACAGUUCUAGAUGCGCUAUGUAAGGUUUACCGUGGGUGAUGUUGUUGUAACUUCGUUCUGUGAACUUUUUGUUGUGUACCAUAUUCCCCAUUCAUUUGACACAGCCUGUAGUUUAAUGUUUUACUCUGCACUUUAGAAACUUGAAAAAAGGCAACUCUGGGCACAGCGCAGAUUCACCAAUAUUUUCUGGGAACAUUGGUUUAUAAGUUGUGUAUUGUUAUACAAUAUGCUAUCACUUAUUUCUUAACAGAAUUUUUUUUUAG